AUGUCUACAGAGGCAGUGAAUUAUUUAGAAUCAUUAUGUAAUGAUAAUGGGAAAACGACACAGUUACCUUCCUGUGAAAAAUAUAAAAAAUUUAAUGAUGAAAACAAUUGGAACGAAUGUAAAGAGUGCAAAGAAUGUCAAGAAUGUAAAGAAGGUAAUUGUAUUGAAAAAUUACCAGAAAAUUACAGGGAACCGUGCAAAAAAAUAUGCAAUGGAUUAAAAAAACUAUCCACUAUUUUGAAAGAUGAAAAAAGUAUACCAGAUCGUUGCUCAUAUUAUAAUUACUGGACAUACGAACAAUUAUGGAAAGAUUCUAAAAAUAGUUCAAAUAUUAAACUUGAUCCUUCUGUUAGUUCCAUAUUGCAGAAGUUAAUUUGGUGCAUUAAUCGUGGAAAUUGUGCAAAGGAAAAUCCAUGUUACUUUUAUUUUGAUGGAACUUUCGAUGAAUGGAAAAAAGAAAAAUAUAUGCAUGACUAUUUUAAAAAUCAUGACAACAUAAAAAAUGAAAACAAACCUGAUGAAUCUGAAAAUGGGAAAUACUGUAAUUAUGUUACUUCUAUUGUUCCAAUAUAUGAAAAUUAUUUAACUGAUUGCUGCACAUAUUUUUUCUUUGGUUAUCAUUGGGAUCAUUGUCCAAAAUAUUUUAAAUGUAAGAAGGAUCUAAAUCCUUACAAUCUUUUGAAGAAAUUGAAUUGUAGUAAUAUGUCACUACCCGAAUAUCCAGAAAGAUUAGUGCAAUCAUUAACUAUUGAUUUUCAUGCUAUACUUAAAAGUCGAAUAAAGGUAAUUAAAGGUAUAAUAUUAGACCCUUUCUAUAUUAUCACAUUAUUUGCUUUUUCGGUUUUAGGGAUAUUAUUUUUUUUCUUUGUGUUUUAUAAAUUUACACCUUUGAGAUCAUUGGUACAUAAGAAUACAAAUAAGAAUAAGGAAAUGAAGCAUAAUUUUCAUAAAAAUUCUAAAUAUAAAACACAACCUAGGAAGUUACAACCAGGUCAUGGGAAUGAUCGAAAAAAAAAAAAAAUUAAUAUAGCUUAUAAUUCUACAUGA